AGACUGUCGGAAAAUUUUAGGCUGUGAACAGGUGUUUUUCAAAUGUAAUGAGGUGAAUUACUAAUUACUAUUAUAGAGGGGAGAGAAUCUCACAAUUGAAUAGUAGCAUUUUGUUCUCACGAUCUCACAUAUUACAUUACAGCGGUAGUCGCGGAAGUGUAAGAAGUUGUGUAGUCACGGGUUGUGUGUUUAUUAUUUGUUUACAUCUCCAUGGUAAACUUUUAACAGAAAAGUCAUGAUGAAGUAUAGAGUUUGUGAGGUUAACUGAUGUUGUUUUCAUCCAAUAUAGUGUUUAGUGAAAAUGCCUCAUCAAUACGGUCUGCCAGGAAUAAACCAUGCACAAUCGCCUCCUACACCUCCCCCUCAGCAUGGAGCUAUGUACUCCAGGUUCUCUGGAGCAGUUGUACCUGGAGGAUAUCGCGGGGAAGAUAGAAGACUUACUAGGGAAGCAAUGGAAAGGUAUCUCAGGGAAAGAUCUGAUAUGGUGAUUGUUAUAUUACAUGCUAAAGUUGCACAAAAGUCAUAUGGUAAUGAAAAAAGAUUUUUUUGUCCACCGCCUUGUAUUUAUUUGUUUGGAGAAGGCUGGAGAUUGAGGCAAGAACAAAUGCUUCGGGAAGGAGAAUCUGAACAAGCCUCACAACUAUGUGCAUUCAUAGGAAUAGGUAAUUCAGAUCAGGAUAUGCAACAAUUGGACCUCAACAAUGGAAAACAGUAUUGUGCUGCAAAAACGUUAUAUAUUUCAGACUCUGAUAAACGUAAACAUUUUAUGUUAUCAGUGAAAAUGUUUUAUGGUUCGGGACAUGACAUUGGAGUGUUUCAUAGCAAACGAAUUAAAGUGAUAUCAAAACCAUCUAAGAAAAAACAGAGUUUAAAAAAUGCAGAUUUGUGUAUAGCUAGUGGUACAAAAGUGGCUCUUUUUAAUAGGUUAAGAUCUCAGACAGUUUCUACUAGGUAUUUGCAUGUUGAAAAUGGACAUUUUCAUGCUAGUUCAACUCAGUGGGGUGCAUUUACAAUACAUUUAUUAGAUGAUAAUGAAUCAGAGAGUGAAGAAUUUCAAGUGAGAGAUGGAUACAUCCAUUAUGGAUCAACAGUUAAAUUAGUGUGUUCUGUUACGGGUAUGGCUCUACCGAGACUUAUUAUCAGAAAGGUUGACAAACAACAAGCCCUAUUAGAAGCUGAUGACCCAGUAUCACAACUUCACAAAUGUGCUUUCUAUAUGAAGGACACAGAAAGAAUGUACCUCUGUCUAUCACAAGAACGAAUUAUUCAGUUCCAAGCUACACCUUGUCCUAAAGAACCCAAUAAAGAAAUGAUUAAUGAUGGAGCCUGCUGGACUAUCAUUUCUACAGAUAAAGCAGAAUAUCAGUUUUAUGAAGGGAUGGGACCUGUGAGAUCCCCAGUUACACCAGUGCCGAUUGUACAUAGUUUACAUUUAAAUGGUGGUGGUGAUGUUGCUAUGUUAGAACUUACAGGAGAUAAUUUUUCACCAUCAUUGCAAGUUUGGUUUGGAGAUGUUGAAGCUGAGACAAUGUAUAGAUGUCAGGAAAGCAUGCUGUGUGUAGUACCAGACAUAUCUCAAUUCCGUGGCGAAUGGUUAUGGGUACGUCAACCUACGCAAGUUCCUGUUUCAUUAGUCAGAAAUGACGGUAUUAUUUAUGCUACCGGAUUAACGUUCACUUAUACCCCAGAACCUGGUCCAAGACCUCAUUGCGCACCAGCAGAUGAGAUUAUGAGACAACAAAGAGGUCCUGGUGCACAAACACAAUCACAACCUGCAAUUACUGAGAGUGCUUGGAAUUCUCAUGGAAUGCAUUAGUCAGAUAUUUUAUCAUGGUAGGUGAAGUUUGUAGCAAUAAACGUCGAAGAUAUGGGAAUACCAUUAAAAUUAAUAUGAAUAAACUUAACCAAAAAUGCCACUACAUAAAACUUAUGUACAUAUUGUUCUAAAGGUAAGUUGGGGCUUAUAAAUCUGCAUAGUGGUAUUAUUUAUUCUCUGCUCUACAAUAAUAGACAGGGGCAACUUCACUACAAGUGAAAUAGAAAACAAUGUUUUAAUAGCCUUAAGUAUUUUUUAUAACUGAUGCAUUUAUUUAUUUUCUUUAUUUCUCUACACAAAA